UUUUUCUUCAGGAUCAAGGAGUCAACUCUGGAAAUGUUUCUGUCUAGAAUUUUGGUGUGUUGGACUAAUUCUGCCAUACAUGUCCUUGAAUCAAGUUCCCCAAGCCUAAAGGACAGUCUGAAUGGGAAUUCAAGCAUAGUUAGGAGACUUUUGGAAUAUAUCUAUACCCACUGGGAACAUCCAUUGGAUGCUUUGAGACACCAGACCAAAAUCAUAUUCAGAAAUAUUCUCCAAAUGCACCAGCUCACUAUAGAAGAGCCAAAAAAGUCAGAUUUGGCCACUGAUCAUUUCAUUUUGGAACUGACUGAGAGUCUUCUGCGAUUGGAAUGGCAUAGUAAAGGAAAGUACACAUGCCUUGGUUGUUUAGUAGAGUACAUAGGAAUUGAACAUAUUUUGGCAUUAGCUAAAACUGUUCCAUCGCAAAUCUUAGAGGUGAUGGGGGAUCAGUCAUUGGUGCCUUAUGCAAGUGACCUGUUGGAAACUAUGUUUAAAAACCAUAAGAGUCGUUUGAAAUCCCAGGCUGUCGACAACACUUGGAUUGAUAAGUGGCAUGAGACUUGGGUUUCUCCUCUCCUUUUUAUACUGUGUGAAGGAAAUCUGGAUCAAAAAUCUUACGUGAUUGAUUAUUACUUGCCAAAAUUACUGAAUUGCAACCCUGACAGCUUAAGCUACAUGGUAAAGAUUCUUCAGACUUCUGCUGAUGCUAAAACUGGUAAGAAGAUGAAUUUUUAUUGUUGUAAUUUCUAGUUAGGAUGCUUAAAUAUGGCUAGAGCUCAUGGGCAUCUUCAGUCUGCAACUGAUGCCUGGAGGGACCUUGUGUCCAGUGAAAGAAUAAAGCAAGGCUUAAUUCAUCAGCACUGCCAAGUACGGAUCGAUACAUUGGGCUUGCUUUGUGAAAGUAAUCGAAGCACAGAAAUUGUUUCCACAGAAGAAAUGCAGUGGAUUCAGUUCUUUAUCACAUACAACCUUAACAGUCAGUCUCCAGGAGUGCGGCAACAGAUUUGUUCUCUUCUUAAAAAGUUGUUUUGUAGGAUACAGGAAAGUUCACAGGUACUUUAUAAACUGGAGCAAAGUAAAUCCAAACAUGAACCAGAGAAUGAGUUAACCAGACAGCACCCUUCUGUUUCUUUAGAGCAAUAUAAGAAUUUCAUGUCAUCCAUUUGCAGCAGUCUUUUUGAAGCAUUAUUUCCUGGCUCUUCCUACCCAACUAGAUUUUCAGCUUUAACCAUUUUAGGCUCAGUAGCUGAUGUUUUUCCUGUACCAGAAGGUAAGGUCCAAACAGUGUAUCAGCUAAGUCAUGAUAUUGAUGUUGGUCGUUUCCAAACACUAAUGGCAUGUUUAACUGGCACUUUUGAAGAAGUGAAAAUUUUAGCAUUUGAUCUUCUAAUGAAGUUACCAAAAACGGUUGUACAAUUUCAGGAUUCAGAAAAAUUGCAAGGCUUAUUCCAGGCUGCACUGGAGCUCAGCACCAGCACCAAACCAUAUGACUGUGUAACAGCUUCCUACCUGCUGAACUUCUUAAUCUGGAAGAAUGCUCUGCCGUCAUCUCUGUCUCCCCACUUAAAAACUCAGCGGGUUGCGUGUGGAGAUGGAGAUAAGUCUGCUGCUGUGGUGGAAAAUAACACAUUAAUGAUUAUCAAAUGCUUGUUGGAAAAUCUUGAAGAAGAAAUCUCUCAGGCUGAAAAUUCUUUGCUUCAGGCAGCAGCAUCAUUUCCAAUGUACGGGCGAGUCCACUGCAUAACAGGAGCUUUGCGGAAGCUAUCUCUAAACAGCCUGCAGCUGGUCAGUGAGUGGAGACCCGUGGUGGAGAAGCUCAUUGUGAUGUCCUACAGACUUUCCGCCGUGGUGUCUCCAGUGAUUCAGAGUUCUUCCCCGGAAGGCCUCAUCCCAAUGGACACUGAUGCAGAGUCAGCAAGCCGCUUACAGACGAUUCUGAAUGAGAUUCAGCCACGAGAUACUAAUGAUUAUUUCAAUCAAGCCAAAAUAUUGAAAGAAUGUGAUAGCUUUGAUUUGGAGGACUUGAAUGCCAGUAUGCCAAGUAUUGAUGCUUCCACAGAAAUCAAAGGUAAAGAAGGAAAAACAUGUGAUGUAACUGCUCAGAUGGUGCUGGUAUGUUGUUGGAGAAGCAUGAAGGAAGUCGCUUUGCUCUUAGGCUCACUGUGCCAGCUUCUGCCCAUGCAGCCUGUGCCAGGACCUUCUGAUGGAUUAUUGACAGUGGAGCAGGUAAAAGAAAUAGGAGCUUACUUUAAACAACACCUUCUACAGUCCAGGCACAGAGGAGCAUUUGAACUGGCUUAUACUGGCUUUGUGAAACUCACUGAAAUACUUAACAGAUGCCCUAAUGUGAGUCUGCAGAAAGAUCACCCAGGUGGUUCUGCUGAGUGGAUUCUGGGAAUCUUCAGAAAUCAGCUGCUCUCUGAUCUGACCCAUUCUGGAUCAGUGUGGUUCAUUCUCCUGCCUGCAUUGUUGGCAUCUGAACCUAAGAAAGGUAAAAUGGAUUUAUUGAAAAUAACAAUGAAAGAGUUAAUCUCUUUGGCUGGGCCUACAGAUGACUCACAGAGCACAGUCCCCAAGGUUCACGCUUUAAAUAUCCUUAGAGCCUUGUUCAGAGAUACACGUCUGGGAGAAAUUAUUAUCCCUUAUGUUGCUGAUGGAGCUAAGGCUGCAAUUCUGGGCUUUACAUCCCCAGUCUGGGCAGUGAGAAAUUCAUCCACACUUCUUUUUAGUACCUUGAUCACAAGAAUAUUUGGAGUUAAAAGGGGAAAGGAUGAACUUUCAAAAAAAAAUAGGUAAGCUUUAUCUAAUGCUAACUUUACUUUUUACAAAAUAUUGUC